GGCCUGUCUGUCGGAGAUAUGAUCCUGUCCGUGAAUAGUGAGGAUCUGGUAGGGGCCGACUACGACACAGCAGCCGGCAUCUUGAAGCGAGCCGAGGGCAUUCUGGUUCUAUGGGUGUCGAACCCGAGCCGGGCGGCGCGCGAGGCCUCGCCCUCGCCCUCGCCAUCGCCUUCGCCCUCGCCCUCGCCCUCGCCCUCACACCGGCUGGCCGAAGAGCCGGCAGUUGUCGCCGAUGCAGAGCCGGCCGGGGAGCCGCCUACCGCCGCCGUCCAGCCCGAAAAACCUCGUAAGUCGGGUCGGAGGGGCUUUAACCAGAGGGCGCGAUGGGAGGCGGGCUGCUAACUGGCGUCGAUGAC